AUGUUCAUCUUGACUACUAAACUCAAAAGGCUCAAAGAAAAGCUCAAGACUUGGAAUAAGGAAAUCUGUGGCAAUGUUCAUGAGCAGGUUACAAAGGAGAAGGCUAAGGCAGAUUGGCACAAAGAUGGGGACAAGAAUACAACUUAUUUUCACAGAUUUGCUAAAAUCAGACACACCACCAAGGCCAUUUCCUCUCUGCUGCUCACUGACAACAAAGACACCACAUACCAUAUCACCAUCUACUUUGAGAAUUUGUUCAGUUCCAAUGGUGGGCUUGUGCAGGACCAGAGAUUUGUUGAUGAUGUCAUUCCAAAUCUGGUUUAUGAGGUAUCUAAUGUUAUGUUGACUAUGCUCCCAUCAUCUCUGGAAAUCAAAAAAUAUUGUUUUUUCCUUGAACAAAGAUGGAGCACCUGGCCCUGA